CAUUGUCAGCCAGAGAUCCCUUGUACGUACAGCACUCUAAGGUCCCGCGAUCAGAUCCCACGUUCAGAUCCAUGACAGCGAAGACACACAAGGCAUAACCCGCACCAGAGAUCCAAUCAUACAGAUCUAAAGAAUCCCAUGCCGAUCGCGAUCUAAGGAAUCUGAUCGGCAAUCGAGAUCCUCAUAGAAAAUUGCCUUCUUGUAAAUAUGUAAUACACACAAGCAAUUACCAUUCUAAAUUUGUCUUCCGUUAUGUCAUCCGUAACAAUCCUUCACUGUUCACCUUCUAAACAGGGACAACGAAAGUAGCGACCACACCAGGAGGUGGCUGCUAGAAGUAGUAUAGACUCUGUAGGGAACCACUAAAGAACAAGAUGGGUAUCGAUAUCAAGUCUGGUGGCCGCAAGAAGGUCACGAAGCGUACUGACGUGAAGGGAGAUGAUCCGUACCUCAAGCUUUUGGUGAAAACCUACAAGUUCUUGGCUCGUCGUACGACGUCCAACUUCAACAAGGUUAUCGCCAACCGCCUCUGCCAGACUCGCGUUCAGAAGUGCCCGAUGUCCAUGUCCAAGCUCGCUGAGCACAUGAAGGUACAUGUCUAGAAUGAAAUUGUUUUCACUUAGUUUCGUAUCGUAAUGCAUCGCGUGUAAAUCCAAAUCUAGCAUCUAAAUUUAUGACUCUCGCUCUCCAUCCUAAUUUGAUAUGCCUCAUCUAAUUCUAAAAAAUAGGGCAAGGAGUCCAAGAUCGCAGUUAUCUGCGGAACUAUCACCAACGAUGUGCGUUUGUUGGAUACUCCGGAGAACUUGAAGGUGUGCGCUCUGCGUUUCACCGAGACCGCUCGUAAGCGUUUGGAGAAGGCUGGCGGAAAGUGCAUGACCUUCGAUGAGCUCGCCAUGACUGAGCCGCUCGGUAUUUGAUUUAUUUCGAUUUAGAUUUGUGCAGCACAUAGCACCUUGAAGCAUUGACUAUCAUCAGUUUAGUAGUGUCACUUUGCGGAAGGCCUCAGUGGUAGAAUCAAAGUUGAAAGACACAGUUUCCUAUGAAUUCCAUCAACUCUUACACAACUCAAUUCUAAAAAUCCCGAAUACAACAGGCAAGAACACCGUCCUCCUCCGUGGCCCGGUGAAGGCUCGUGUCGUUAACCGUUACUUCGGAAAGGCUCCGGGUGUCCCGAACUCCACUACCCGUCCGUACGUGCGCAAGGCCUCCAACCUCAAGCGCAAGGGACGCAAGUUCGAGCAGGCUCGUGGUCGCCGAAAGUCUCGUGGAUUCAAGGUGUAA